AUGGCCAGCGGCAAGAAAGUCCUCAUGCUCGGAGCGGGCUUCGUCACCCGUCCCACUCUUGAUAUCCUCAGCGACGCCGGCGUCCACGUCACCGUUGCUUGCAGGACUCUCGAGUCUGCCAAGAAGCUCUCCGAGGGCGUCAAGAACGCCACGCCUACCUCCGUCGACGUCAGCAACGAGCAGGCCCUCGACGCCGAGGUGGCCAAGCACGACCUCGUCAUUAGCUUGAUCCCCUACACGCACCACGCUACCGUCAUCAAGUCGGCCAUCCGCAACAAGAAGCAUGUCGUCACGACGAGCUACGUAUCGCCCGCCAUGCAGGAGCUCGACCAGCAGUGCAAGGAUGCUGGCAUCACCGUCAUGAACGAGAUCGGUUUGGAUCCCGGAAUUGAUCAUCUCUAUGCUGUCAAGACCAUCGAGGAGGUCCAUGCUGAGGGUGGCAAGAUCAUCUCCUUCCUAAGCUUCUGUGGCGGCCUGCCUGCACCCGAGGACUCGGAUAACCCGCUCGGCUACAAAUUCUCGUGGUCUUCUCGGGGCGUGCUCCUCGCUCUCCGCAACGCCGCCAAGUACUACCAGGACGGCAAGGUAGUCGAAGUCGCCUCCAAGGACCUCAUGGGCACCGCCAAGCCCUACUUCAUCUACCCCGGCUACGCCUUCGUCGCCUACCCCAACCGCGACUCCACCCCCUACAAGGAGCGCUACAACAUCCCCGAGGCCGAGACUAUCAUCCGCGGCACCCUCCGGUACCAGGGCUUCCCGCAGUUCAUCCGCGUGCUCGUAGAGAUCGGCUUCCUCGACGACACGGCCCAGGCCACCCUCGACCAGCCCAUCGCAUGGAAGGAUGCCACCAAGACCAUCGUCGGCGCCGCCUCCUCCAGCGAGGCCGACCUCGAGGCCGCCAUCGCCUCCAAGGCCACCUUCGAUUCGCCCGAGGAGAAGGCCCGCAUCCUCAGCGGUCUCCGAUGGAUCGGCAUCUUCUCGGACGAGCAGAUCAUCCCGCGCGGAAACCCGCUCGACACGCUCUGCGCCACGCUCGAGAAGAAGAUGCAGUUCGAGGAGGGCGAGCGAGACUUUGUCAUGCUGCAGCACAAGUUCGUCAUCGAGCAUGCCGAUGGCCGUCGCGAGACGCGCACUUCUACGCUCUGCGAGUACGGUGACCCCAAGGGCUACUCGGCCAUGGCUAAGACGGUCGGUGUUCCCUGCGGUGUUGCGGUUAAGCAGGUUCUUGAUGGCACGCUUUCGGAGAGGGGCGUGCUUGCGCCUAUGAGCUCGAAGAUUAAUGAUCCUAUUAUGAAGGAGUUGAAGGAGAAGUAUGGUAUUACCAUGAUUGAGAAGACGAUAUCUUAG